AUUGAAAAAAAGAGAGGGUAAACAUGGUAAACCUCUACAACUACACGUGUUCCUACGAGGGACUUCUACUUCCGGUUAUGAGUGAAUACACGUGGCCGAUAGGGGUGCGGAUCUUCCUCUAUCUUAUAGCGAUGUUCUGGUGCUUCAUGGGCACAUCAAUAGUUGCAGACUCUUUCAUGUGUGGAAUCGAGAAAAUAACCAGUAAAACAAAAAUUAUUCGCAUUCCAAAUGCCGAGAAAAAAGAAGAUAAAAUGUUAGAAGUCAAAGUCUGGAACGAUACAGUGGCCAAUCUGAGUCUGAUGGCUUUUGGUACAAGUGCUCCAGAGAUUUUAUUGUCUGUUAUAGAAAUAGUCGGAAACGAAUUCAAAGCAGGGGAACUUGGUCCUGGAACUAUUGUCGGUUCAGCAGCAUUUAAUCUUCUAGUUAUUACAGGAAUUUGUGUCAUUUGCAUUCCAGAUGGAGAAAUUCGCAAAAUUAAAAGCAUGCCUGUAUAUAUCACGUGUACUUGCUUUAGUAUGUGUGCCUAUAUUUGGAUGGUAGUGGUUUUAAAGUGGGUGACACCGGGCGUUGUUGAUAUAUUUGAGAGCGUGAUAACGUUUUGUAUGUUCCCCAUUCUUCUUAUGACAGCGUUUGGUGUGGACAAAGGUUGUUGGUGCAAGCGGAGAAAUAAAACCUCCUCAGAACUGGAAAUAGGCAUAGAAUUUAGCAAGAUUGAUGCAGACGACGAAUCGGAAGCCACGGUAGACAUCAUUCACAUGGCGAAGGAUCUGAGCAGGAACCAUAAAGAACUGACGGAGGACGAGGCAACACUUCUACUGACUAAACAGUUACAGGAACACCACCACCACAACGCGGGGUGGUACCGGGUACACGCCGUCAGGGGCCUUACUGGCGGCCACCGACUUCUUCCCAAGAUUAACCACACUUUGAAAGAGCUCUAUGAAAAAAUAAAUAGACAAAAAGAAAUGGAACAACACAUGAACGAAAAUAUGGAUGUAUCCACGGUGGAUCUAAGCGAGAGUGGAACGCGGGCUGUGGUGGAAUUUACGGCUUCCUCUGUUGCAGUAUUGGAGAAUGAGGGGAAAGUCCGAGUGGGUAUAAGGCGAUACGGCAAAGUGGACAUCCCUGUCACAGUCAGAGUAGAAACAAUCGACGGAAGUGCCGAGGAGGGAAGCGAUUACAAGCCUUUGAAAGAAGAUAUUACGUUCGCCGUCAAUGAGAGGUUACGCGAGGUCUACAUUGAAAUCAUAGAUGACGACGAAUGGGAACCAGAUGAAAUCUUCUUUGUCAAGCUGAGUUUACCUCACGAACAAAAAGAUGUCGUGAUAGGAAAAAUGGCAAUUAACCAAAUUACCAUUAUAAAUGAUGAUGAACCGGGUAAAAUAGAAUUUUCAAAACCCAGCUAUAUUAUCCGGGAAAGCAACGAAUGUGCUCAAAUUUUUGUCAACCGAGUGAACGGAGCAGACGGUACAGUCACCGUUAGGUGGCGCACCAAAGAUCUUACAGCGGUUCACAACAAAGACUAUACAGGAGGAGAAGGAACGCUAACUUUUGAACAUGGGGAGACAAGCAAAACCAUCAAUCUAAAAAUCCUCGAGACUGAUAUUCAUGACGGAAAAGAACAGGUGUUGGAAAGGGAUCACAGUUUCCAGGUAGAGCUAUUUUCGCCGUCAACCGGUUCUUCCCUAGGAAAGAUCAGCAAGGCGAUAGUCACCCUCGUCAAUGACACCGAAUUUGAUGGUCUUGUAUCGAGAAUUGCAAAUCAAACAAAGAAAAAUCUGGAUGGGUUACGAUUAGAUACGACCUCGUGGAAAGAGCAGUUUAAUGAAGCAAUGAAUGUAAAUGGCGGGGACAUUGAGAACGCCACACUCAUUGACUACGUAUUACAUUUCAUCUCAUUUUUCUGGAAGGUUUUGUUUGCCUUUAUUCCUCCGCCCUCCAUUGCUGGUGGUUAUCUCACCUUUUUUGGGUCUCUAGCGUUGAUUGGUCUCAUGACAGCUUUAAUAUCCGACUUAGCAAGCAUAUUCGGAUGUUUAAUUGGGUUAGAAAAGACUGUAGUCGCUAUCACAUUUGUUGCCUUGGGCACCAGUAUGCCCGAUACAUUUGCCAGCAAGACGGCGGCAAUCAACGAAAAAUACGCCGACAGUUCCAUUGGCAACAUCAACGGAAGUAACGCUGUGAACGUCUUCCUCGGCCUGGGGCUCCCAUGGCUGAUUGCCUCCAUAUAUUGGGAAGUCAAGGGGGAAAGCUUUACGGUACCUGCUGACACCUUGGUAUUUAGUGUGAUCUUGUACUCUUCCUGUGCAAUUUUAGCCAUUUUGGUUUUGCUGGUUCGGCGGAAGGUUGCUGCCUUUGGAAACGGUGAACUAGGCGGACCAAAGGGUUUGAAGAUAGCGUCUGGAUUAUUUCUAGUGACUUUGUGGUUCUUUUAUGUUAUAAUGUCAUCGCUACAAGCAUAUAAAGUUAUAGACAUUAACAUAUAAUAAUGGUUGUGUCCGCCAUUUGUAGGCUGUGAUACAUUUUUCGUCUAAAUCUGUGAUACGUUGUUGUUUUUGUUGGCUCUUGCUAUUCAUGUUA